CACCGCUGGAGCCACACAGUAGAGAAACACCCGCCAUGGCUUCCUCCUCAACCCCCAGCGACCCCCUCAAUGGCGCCGCCGCUGCAGCCUCCGGCCCGAGUCCCGACGAUGCCCAGGGCUUCGUCUCGGACCUGCGCGCGAAGGACAAGGUCGACGAGCUUCGAGCCAGGCACGGCGUCCCCAAUGAGUACACCGCACUCCUCACCGAUGACCUGCGCGCGAAUUCGCCGCCGCCGGGAGGGUUCAUCUGCGUGUAUGAGGCCGCGCUGGAGGGCAGGAUGCGAAUCCCGCUGGACACUUUCUUCUGCCAGGUACUUUCCCAUUUCCGCAUCGCGCCGUCCCAGCUCACGCCGAACUGCUGGCGCAUGAUGGCCGGGUUCUUCGCACUCUGCCACGAGGCCGGCGCGGAGCCAUCGUCGGCCGUCUUCCUGCACUUCUUCUCCAUUGUCGUUCAUGGAAAUGAAUGGUACCUUUUUCGAGCGAAGAAGAACCUGCGCUUCACGGGAUUUCCGCAUUACAUCAAGGAUUGGAAGCGUGGCUUCUUUUUUCUCUUCUCGCCAACGUCGUGGCCUUGCCCUGUGGAGUGGGGUGAGCCCCCUCAGACCGCUCUUAAGGAACUAGCCCUCAAUCCUGUGGAGAAUGAAUUGGCGGCGGAGUUGUUGCGUGCUCAUAGUGCUACUCCUGUUGAUCUCAAUAUUUAUCUUUCUUACAAUAAACUUACCACUGUUAAGAUAUCGAGUGCACCUCUACCAUCGGCCAUGACCAUUCCUUCAGUGCCUACAACCACCCAUUCUAAAGAGAUGGAUUCCUCCGUUCUCGACUUCAUGUACACCAUGGUGGCCGACACGGAAGUUGCUCAAGCCUCUGAGCAGGUAGAGAAGGGAAAAUGUGUGCCAGCCAAGAAAAGGCGUCUGAACGAAGCCAGCAGCAAGGAGGUCGAGGGUCUGCAUCCUACAGUGGUAUUGAACACCUCGCAUGCUGCCCAUGGCUGCUCGUCGCCUGCCGGAAUGUGUUCGGCACCGCCACUGCAUUUCUCCAACAACAACAUCGACUGGAAAGCUGCACAGGAGCUGCUGCAGGGUCUCACGGGGUCCCAAGAGCGCCUGUUCGCAGCCAAGGAGCCUUCAGAUGUCUUGCAUCUGGCUUUGUGGCCACGCUCGAGGUACGCUGCCUUGAAUUACGUAACGUUCUCUUUGGGAUAUGCUGUGGAUGUGGACAAGAAACUGGAGUCCGCGGAGCUUGACAACGCAGCAUUGCGGGAACAGCUAGAGAAGACAAAGGCCGAGCUCGUGGAGUCGAAGCGUGAGGCAGAAGCGGACCGGGAGAAGGCAAAGGCCGAGCUCGUGGUGUGGAAACGGGCAGCAGAAGAAGACCGGGAGAAGGCAAAGGUCGAGCUCGCCACGGUCAAACGGUCGGCCGACGAGGAACUGCAGAAGGAGAAGGCACAGCUCGCCGCGGCGCAGGCAGAGCUGGAGAGCAGCAAGGCGGCGGAGCAGCGCCUGCGGUCCGAGGUGCGCAUGCUACGGCGUGCAGAGCGCGCGCUGGAGGGUACACCGCAGGGAGGACUACAUAGUGCGCGUGGCGCCUCGUAG